UGCACGGAUCAAAUCAAACUAUUGGCGUUGCACUCACUGGAGAGGAAAAUACACAUGAGAAGAGGUUACAAACUAUAAAGAAACCAUAAUUUAUUCGUUGAACCUACCAAGCGGAACACCAUGGCUUCAGGAGGAGAAUCAAAAAAUGAUCUAUCCACAGCGAUUUUAAAGCAGAAGACCAGGCCCAACCGGUUGGUUGUGGAUGAAUCUCUCAAUGAGGACAACAGUGUGGUUUCUCUGUCUCAGGCAAAGAUGGAUGAGUUGCAACUGUUCAGGGGAGACACCGUGCUGAUGAAAGGAAAGAAGAGGCGGGAGACGGUAUGCAUCGUGCUCUCUGACGACACCUGCUCCGACGAGAAGGUCCGCAUGAACAGAGUGGUCCGCAACAACCUGAGAGUCCGCCUGGGAGAUGUCAUCAGUAUUCAGCCAUGCCCAGAUGUAAAGUAUGGGAAGCGGAUCCACGUUCUGCCCAUCGAUGACACUGUGGAGGGGAUCACAGGGAACCUGUUUGAGGUCUACCUCAAGCCCUACUUCAUGGAGGCCUACAGGCCCAUCAGGAAAGCGGACAUUUUCUUGGUGAGGGGAGGCAUGCGUGCAGUGGAGUUCAAAGUAGUGGAGACGGAUCCCAACCCCUACUGCAUCGUGGCCCCAGACACUGUCAUCCACUGUGAGGGCGAGCCCAUCAAACGAGAGGAUGAGGAGGAGUCUCUGAAUGAGGUUGGCUAUGAUGACAUUGGGGGCGUGAGGAAGCAGCUGGCCCAGAUUAAGGAGAUGGUGGAGCUGCCCCUGAGACACCCAGCACUGUUCAAGGCCAUCGGUGUCAAGCCUCCAAGGGGUAUCCUGCUGUACGGACCCCCUGGAACAGGAAAGACAUUGAUCGCACGUGCCGUGGCCAACGAGACUGGAGCCUUCUUUUUCCUUAUCAAUGGGCCUGAGAUCAUGAGUAAACUGGCCGGAGAGUCUGAGAGUAACCUGAGGAAGGCCUUCGAGGAAGCUGAGAAGAAUGCCCCCGCCAUCAUCUUCAUUGACGAGCUGGACGCCAUUGCACCAAAAAGAGAAAAGACACACGGUGAGGUGGAGAGGCGCAUCGUGUCCCAGCUCCUCACACUCAUGGACGGCCUAAAGCAGCGCGCUCACGUCAUCGUCAUGGCAGCCACCAACAGACCCAACAGCAUUGACCCCGCCCUGAGGCGAUUUGGGCGUUUUGACAGGGAGGUGGACAUCGGCAUCCCUGACGCCACAGGCAGACUGGAGAUCCUCCAGAUACACACCAAGAACAUGAAACUGUCCGACAAUGUGGACCUCGAGCAGGUUGCCAAUCAGACUCACGGCCAUGUGGGUGCUGACCUGGCCGCUCUGUGCUCUGAAGCCGCCCUGCAGGCCAUCAGGAAGAAGAUGGAUCUCAUCAACCUGGAGGACGAAACCAUUGACGCAGAGGUCAUGAGCUCCCUGGCUGUCACCAUGGAUGACUUCAGAUGGGCUCUAAGCCAAAGCAACCCGUCUGCACUGAGAGAGACGGUGGUGGAGGUGCCCAACGUCAGCUGGGAAGACAUCGGAGGUCUGGAGGACGUCAAGAGGGAACUCCAGGAGCUUGUACAAUACCCUGUGGAGCACCCAGACAAGUUCUUGAAGUUCGGCAUGACCCCGUCCAAGGGCGUGCUGUUCUACGGGCCCCCAGGUUGUGGUAAGACCCUGCUGGCCAAAGCUAUCGCCAACGAGUGCCAGGCCAACUUCAUCUCCAUCAAAGGACCUGAGCUGCUCACAAUGUGGUUCGGAGAGUCCGAGGCCAAUGUCCGAGAGAUUUUCGACAAGGCUCGCCAGGCCGCCCCCUGUGUGCUCUUCUUUGACGAGCUGGACUCCAUCGCCAAGGCGCGUGGCGGCAACGUGGGGGAUGGUGGCGGAGCGGCCGACCGUGUCAUCAACCAGAUCCUGACAGAGAUGGACGGCAUGUCCAGCAAGAAGAACGUCUUCAUCAUCGGCGCCACCAACAGGCCUGAUAUCAUCGACCCGGCCAUCCUGAGGCCCGGCAGACUGGACCAGCUCAUCUACAUCCCCCUGCCAGACGAGAAGUCCCGCAUUAACAUCCUCAGCGCCAACCUCAGGAAGUCGCCCAUCGCCAAGGAUGUGGACUUGGAUUUCCUGGCCAAGAUGACCAAUGGUUUCUCUGGAGCUGACCUGACAGAGAUCUGCCAGAGAGCCUGUAAGAUGGCCAUCAGGGAGUCCAUCGAGAACGAGAUCAGGAGGGAGAGAGAGAGGCAGACCAACCCCUCAGCCAUGGAGGUUGAGGAGGACGACCCUGUCCCAGAGAUCCGUAAGGACCACUUUGAGGAGGCCAUGCGUUUCGCCCGCCGCUCGGUCAGCGACAACGACAUCCGCAAAUACGAGAUGUUCGCCCAGACAUUACAGCAGAGCAGAGGCUUCGGCAGCUUCCGGUUCCCCACUAGCUCUGCGCCAGGCGCCGGGCCCAGCCAGGGCUCUGCUGGUGGCAGCGGUGGCACAGUCUUCAACGAGGACAACGAUGACGACCUCUAUGGUUAAACCGCACCAUGACCCACAGUGGACCAAAACACAACCACUCGGUGGACCAAAGUUUCCUCAUAUACAUUCUGGCAAAGCUGUACAAUGCCGCAACACACACACACAUAAUAACACAACUAAGACAAAAAAAAAAGCCUAUUAAUAUUAUUUACAAUCCUCUCUCAUAGUUAGAGAUAGCAUGUUGCAGCUUGUCUGUAUUAUGACUUUGGGGGACAUGUAUUAAAGUAUUUCAAACCUUGUAAGGAUUUACACAAGGCUGUGGGGGAUUGGGUAGAGUACAUCUGGCUUCUUACUAGCCACUAGUGAAGGAUUCAAUACUAGCCUGUUAAAGUGGGUGUCAGUUUUGCUUGCAUGAAACUGAAAUUUUACAUUUUUGGAUAGAUCUUUGAAUUGGGAAUGAACUUCAACCAUGAAACCAAUACAAUCUUUAUUGAGUUUAAUAGUGCAUUAAGUGAAAAGUACAAGAAAUGUGUGCAUAAUCAAAAUGUGCUUAUUCAAGUGUACCACAUUAAACAAUUUUUUAAACAUUGAAAAUAUUGCAAGUACAAAAAAGUGAAUCGUUCAAGUGUCUUGGACAUUGAAUGAACAAGUUCAAUUAAAGAAUAAAUGUGAUUUACAUUAGUGAAUUAGCAAUCCUUUACUAAACUCAUCUUAAACUGGUGGGGAUUUUUUUUUAAAUACAUUUGGUAACUCAGUUCAAAAGUGAUCUCUGUUAGUGCUCUUAGAAUUAAAUAUUUGGAGAAAAAUAUGUAUAGCCUAAUAUUGUAAAUAAAGUAUAUAUAAAAAAAUCGAAAUCAGUUUAAAACAUGUCAUUCUCGGGCAUCAUACCCAAUAAUGCUUGGUAUGUAAUUCAGGUUUGUGAUCUUUUUGUUUGGGUAUGUUUCUCUCCCUCACGUAGCACGGGUCGUAAUAGUCCCACUCCAUUCCUGAGGCCCACACACCGUUGGUGAGACCGUCGCUGUCUGCGGACAGAAUCCGGAGCGAGACACCUGUAGAAGCAGAUGGGUAAUUAGGUAUGUGAAAGGGAAUCCCUUAAAUUGUGGCAAAUGUAAUAUCCAUAUUUCAUGUAUGUAAUAUCCAUACCGUAUUCGACAUAGCUCAUUCUAAUAUUUAUACUACAAUGCAUUUUUAGUUACACUGUUUACACACCGAAUAUUUAUAUACUGGAUUAUUGACAUAGCGCACUAAUAUCUACUGCUGGUGGGGAUUAUUUUUUUUAAUACAUUUUGGUAACUCAGUUCAAAAGUGAUCUCUGUUAGUGCUCUUAGAAUUAAAUAUUUGGAGAAAAAUAUGUAUAGCCUAAUAUUGUAAAUAAAGUAUAUAU